AUGAUCACAGGAAAACCACCAGACAUCACAAUGCUUCAAAGGAUCGGAAUAGCACAAGAGUAUGGUCUUGUUGAUUAUCCAAAUGCAACUGUUCCAAUGAGUAUAUGGUUGUCAGUUGAUGAAUCUUUCAUUGUUCUAUGUCAUUUUCAGAUGAUCUUUGAAGACAGUGUCCGCAACAUUCAAGCUGGAAAACGUUUUGGACUUAUACAGCUGAGUAUCCAUAACCUUGCUGAAGCAGUGCCUAACCUAUGGGAGGUUGACGUAAAAUCAGAAGCGGUUUACACCGAGAACCUUGCUAAGGAGACAAAAGUAACUGCUUAA